UAAAUUCGGGGUGGAAAAGGGUUAUCCGGUUUCAAAUAAAAUUCCCAAAAUUCAAGCGAUUCGAACGACUGCUGCUUCCUCCGGUGAGCUCUUGCCUUAAAUUCGCCGCUGAAUAUUUCUCCCUCAAUAAAUCCACGUCAAAACGAAACCCGCAGGCAGGCGUAUUUGAUUUUCAUUUUUUUAUCACCAACGCCUGGCCGCCGCCGUCGCCCCCUCUCCUGUUCUACCGUAGCCAUGGCCACUGGCACUGAAGAAGUAGUAUUAAAAGAAGAAGAAGAAAGAAUGGUUAGGAUGGGAUCGUACGGAGGAAUGGUUAGGCUGCUGACGGUGACGGCAACGGCGAAAUCAGAGGAAGAGGAAGAAGAAAAAGAAAAGGAACAGUGUUCGUAUGAAGCAGCUGCGGAGGAGAUAAUGCUGCUGUGGGGAAUCCAACAGCCAACUCUCUCCAAGCCAAACGCUUUCGUCUCUCAAGCUUGUCUUGAACUGAAACUGGAUGCGUGUGGCCAUUCACUCUCCAUUUUCCAGUCCCCUUCUUCCUUGAAUACACCUGGGGUCACUGGUGCUGUCAUGUGGGACAGUGGAGUUGUAUUGGGGAAGUUUCUAGAGCAUGCUUCAGACGCGGAGUUACUACCUCUUCAAGGGAAGAAAGUUGUUGAACUGGGCUCUGGCUGUGGAUUAGUCGGCUGCAUUGCUGCUCUUCUAGGCGGUCAAGUUGUGCUCACGGAUCUUCCUGAUAGACUGAGACUACUGAGAAAGAACAUUGAAGUCAACCUGAGACAUGGAAACAUGCGAGGUUCAGCUAAAGUGAUGGAAUUCACAUGGGGAGAUGAUCCUGAUCCAGAACUGACUGAACCUCCACCUGAUUUGGUGCUAGGCUCUGAUGUAAUCUAUAGUGAGGAAGCAGUGUUGGAUUUGUUGUCUGCAUUACAGCAACUCUCCGGAGGUGAAACGACAAUCUUUUUGGCUGGAGAACUUCGAAAUGAUGCUGUCCUUGAAUACUUCUUGGAGUGUGCAAUGAAGGAUUUUGUAAUUGGGCGUUUGGACCAGAGACAGUGGCAUCCAGAAUAUUGCAGCAGCCGUGUUGUGUUAUACGUUCUCGUGAGGAAGUGAAGCGAUUUGGGUGGGACACUGACUUGGAGUGCAUUUUUCCUCACUACCAUUUAGUGUGGUGCAUAUUCACUAUCCUAUUUAUCAUUGUUAGAUGAGUUUGAAUUUUGAGAUUUGUUCUUAUCCAUUACACGAAUCUCGAAAUUCAAACUCAUCUAACGGUGAUAAAUAAAGUGGUGAGCAUACACAAUGAUGAUGAAUGUAGGAUGCACCAUAAAUGGUUAUCCAUUUUUCAUGAAAAUGACAGGAAAAUAAAUUCUGUUCCAGUCUCACACUCAAAUGUCAUUGAUAAACUGCAGAAACAUGUUGAAGUUUUUUUUUGUCGCAAUUGACGUUUACGUAACAUCUC